AAGUACGAAAACGAAAUUUCGUACACGACGGCCAGUUUUCCAAGGAGGUCGUUGGUCACACUGAUCAUGUUGAGGCCGCUAACCCGGUACAUUCCACCCUCUCCAGAAAUGAAAAAAUAUGGCUACCUUGUCCAAGAUUCAGAACGCGACUGCCACAUACGUCACAUGCCGUGUGGAAAACGACCUAGCCGGGCUGAAGCUGACGCAAUGGAUGCGCAGGUAUGUGUCCAAGGAUUGGCGGCAAAUCCAGAAGUUCUACCUGCAAAAACGGAUUUGGGUGGUGCCGGAAAACACGCCGUUGCAGUUUCCAACACCAACGCCGGCGAAGGAGAUCAUAAAGAUUGCACCAAAUGCGAGCUUCGGCUCAGGCGGGAUGCUGGGGGAAGAUGCUCUUUCAGCUUCUGCUAAUCAGUACAGCGUGGCUUCUGGACCAUCGGUGUGCAGCAUCGACGAACUUCUCCCCGAGCAUGACCGCGGACGAUGUCCUGGCACUUCUGAGACCGCUGACGACGUCCUGGCUACUCGUCGACCCGGUUGUACUGAUGAUGCCGAAAAUAAAUUACCGGCAGACACAAGCAACCCCGUGCCUGUCUGGGCCCAGCCGGAUGAGAAUGGCGAGGUACGAGUGAUACCGCCAAAACGAAAGGGACAUCGACACGGUGAUCUGAAGGUAAAGCGGGAAAAGCCCCGUGGGGAGAGAAUCCUCAAAGAGGGGGAAACAGUUGUGUUUGCGAGGGCGUGCGUGCAUAGGAAGUUCCGACAUUUGCUACCGGAGCGGGUGGUUGGAGAAGCGUUGGACGAGGAAAGUAAAGAGGAUAACGGGGGAGCGGAAACUUCAACCUUCACGCCUGGAAAUGAUGACGAAGAAAGAGGCGUCGAUGAAUUACAGGGGCAAGUGUGUCGUCGUGAAAGAAACAAAACGAAAGUGGUCGACGCAGCGCCUCCUCCGUCCACCUCCUCGUUUACCACGACCGAUCCAGACCUUGUCCCCCUUGCGCCAGCAACGGCACCGGAGGAAAAGCUGCGAGCGCUCUGCUCCCGCGUGCUGUUUCUGGACACAGACUACCUUGUUUUCGACAAGCCCGCCGGGCUUCCCUGGGGCGCGACUCUGCACGGGUCGGAAUUCAGCCUGCGUACGCUCCUGAUCUGGUAUUUGCACAAACGAGAACUUGAAGUGCAAAAACUCGCCGCUGAGGGGAAAGUGAAAAGAAAGAAAAACGUCGCGAAAAAACAAAAGCAGCUGCAGUGGGCCAUGCGAAAGCUGGGGCGGGAAAAUGGGGAGGCGAUUAGUACCGCAAAAGCAGCUACGAAAGCCGUCAACUACGAGACAGGCGAAGAAAUGGAAAUGACAGAUGAGGCUACAGAAGAGAGCGAGGAUUGUAGUUCCUCGGAGGACCAAGCAAAUGAUAACACCGAAGAUGCAGCAGCGAAACAGAAGGAACCUAUACCCAUGAUCGAGGACGAGCUGUUUCCAGUUCACCGUCUUCCCACGGACAUGGCGGGAUGCAUGAUAGUUUCCCGAAGCGAGACCGCUAGUGUGCACGCGAAGGAGGCCAGCAAGGCAAGGACGUUUGCGCAACACAAGUAUCUCGCUGUGGUGAGGACAGUCGUCUCCGAUAGAGAUAGUUGUACUGAAACAAAGGACAGGCAGCAGCACGGCGGUUCAGGAGGAGCCUCAUCGACGUCUAGCAGCACGAUUGCCCCGUUCUUCUUUGCGGACAAGCAGACCUCGUCGGCCAGAAGAAAGUCCGGGGCGUUUUCCGUUCUGAGAUUACCCAUGCGCUUAGACCCGGUGUUGAAGAUCCUUUUACCAGCGCCGCCAGAUGUGGGGCAAGACAGCGUCCAAACUGCCGUUCUGCACUACAGGGAGCUUCGGAGAGCCACGGUUGACAAUCGCCCCAGGCAGCUGGAAAGAGAAAGCGAGGAUGUAUUCAGUGGAAUAGAUGCUGACCUCGAGCAUCAUACGAAGAAGAAGAACGAGCAAAAAAAUAAAACCACCUACUCUCUGAUCGAAGUGAUUCCCCAGACGCCCGAAGAGCACCUGAUGCGGGCGGCGUUGGCCUUUGGCCUUGGCAUGCCCGUCGUGGACGAUUUGGUUUACGAGAGGGCGCUGCGCUGCAAGGAUCUAGCUGCAGAAGGGAGAAGGUGGGAGGACAAAAUCGAAGGUAUACUGGAGGGACGGCGCGUUUUCGGUUCGAAUUGUGAAGGUGGCACGACCUCAGUGGACGCGACAGCGGCGAGAGCUAGUAACGCGUCAGGCGCAAGGGCAAGAACUACAAGCAGUUCAUCUACUUUGUCAGUCCUGGAGAAAGCUAACAGAGCUGCCGAUAAUCUUUCUCGUGUCGUGGCGGCUCAAAAUGAGAAACUGGUUGACGGUAUCGGGGUGUUGCCUACAGCAUCUUCGCAGCGCGCCACUGCAACGCAGCUAAAUGCAAGAAAGAAGGUGAUGAAGUUGCGUCAGGAAAAAAGCGCAAGCACUUCUGAGAAGGAAUCAUCACCACGGACUUCUGUCUUCGACGCUAGGCGGUCACCUACUUCCGACGGUUCGACCUCGCCCUCGGCCGAAGCCACACAAACUAAGUCAGCACUACCGGCUGCCUCCAUUGUCUCCGUCCAGCCCGAAGACUUCGAGGACAUCGUCGACUACUCGAGAUCGUUGCAAAAGGAGAAGGAGGCGACGCAUUACCUGGAAGAGGAGAAAAAAGCCGAGGAAAGCUUUCGAAGACGAGCAUCAAGAAUGAAAAAAGUGCAGAAGCUCCGGGAGAAGGGGCCUUUCGGAGAAGCAAAGAAAGCCUCAGGAGGUGCGAAAGAUGACAACACGCAAGCGAAGAUGCAAAUGUAUCUGUGGCAGGUUACCAUGCGAACCUUUGCCGGCAAGGAUGUUGUUGUGAAAGCGAAGCCGCCAACCUAUUUGGCACAAGCGAUUCAAAGCCACUGGGGCAGCAGUAGCGAUGCUGCAAAUUACAUUGGACGUACUACAAUGAACCACGCGCCUUAACCUGCAACUACGUCGAGAACUUUCUCUGCUCGUCAACAUCAAAAGACUAUAACAUGAUCAGAGGCCAGGACGAUGCAGCGAACGGCUGCCUCUUGAUGUCGCUCUUGAACAAAUGAAGAUUACAAGACUUUUACA